AUGGAUAGCGUUUUGAAUAGAAAGAGAGCUUGUGACAGAUGUCAUAAACUCAAGAGACAAUGUGACGGUGGUGAAGUUUGUAAAAAUUGCAAGAGUUUGAGUCUACAAUGUGGAUAUAAUAGGCCGGUCAGGAAGAUGGGGAGAAAGAAGCUUAACAAACCUACAUCUCAAUUGAAAUAUUCCCAUAAUGGAUGUGGCAAUUGCAAACAAAGGAGGAAAAAAUGUUCCGAGGAUUGGCCUACAUGUUUUGACUGCCAACGACUUGGUUUGCUAUGUGAUGGACCUAGGAAUGACAAGAGAGAACGGGAGUUCGUCAAUGAGACAGGUAACGAUGAUUCCAAUAUCGAAAUACAACCCACAGGUAAUGAUUCGACACAACAGACACAGAACUUGCAACACCAGCAGCAACAACAUCAGCAACAGCAACAACAUAUGCAACAACACAUUCAACAUUUGAAUGGAUCUGAGAUCAAUAUGUUCUAUGAUUCAAUGAAGAGUCCUCUAAACCUUCUUGAGAUAACCAAUGACUUGUUCUAUGGUCAAGACGAACUUUCAAAUAAAGAGAGACUCCUUUUGAAUUCAUUAAUAAAGUCCCCGACCUUUGAAUUAGAUCUCCUGAAAGUGGCUACCCCCAAUAUCGUAUUGGACGAAGGGAUAUCACCAAACUCCAUUGCUUCUGACCCUGAACUUUACGAAGAGGAGAAGAACAGCUUGUUAUCUAUGUGUUCAAUGACAUCAUUGACAAUCAGAGCUAAGGAAUUGGAGUUAUUGAGGUAUUUCAUUACCAAUGUUUCUCCAUUGUUAUUUGUAGACAAAGCCAGUACGAGGUUUCUUCGAACGGUUAUACCUCUAGCUAUCGAGGACCAACUCGUAAGGAUGCCCAUAAUAGCAAUAUCAGCUUCACACAGAGCUAACAAUUCCAUUGCCGUGAAUCUUGAAUAUCAAAGAGAUGCUACUGUUUAUAGAGCCAAAUCCCAAGCUCUCUUUAUUGGCCAUCAUGUCGAUUACAUGGCAGACAACGAGAACAUCCUAUUGUCCAUCUUAUUAAUAUCCAUUCAAGAGAUUUUCGAAGGAACAUCUUUGUAUUGGAAUGUGGCUAUGGAUAGGGCGGCCAGUUUAAUUGAAAAGAGAGGUGGGAUAAAGAAGGUAUCUAAAUUCGCUCCACUAUCUACUCAAUUGUUUUGUUACUUAGAUUUGAUAUCUAGCUUGAGUACUUGUUCUUCUCCUUACGUUGAUAAAUCCCAAACUUCUGACUAUGACGAGCAGGAUAUAGAAACCAUUUUGAACAGUAAGUUUGGAUUCAGGUUUGGUAUUGCUGGUGAGAUAUUCAAAAUUAUCGGAAACAUCUCCACCUUAGCUAGUUUGAGAACGAAUAGGUAUGACAGUAAGGAGAAUGAACAAAGAUUUAAUAAUUUGGCUAACUUGAUUGAAAUGAGACUACAAAAAUGGUCUCCUAAAUUAGAUUUAGUAGCCAACACCUUUCAGAUUGAUAAUUCUAUGGAUGAAGGAAAGUUGAUCCUUUCCUCAUAUACCGUAGCUUUACAAUGGUCAGCAUUCUUGAGGCUACAUCAGAUCAGGUACGGGUAUAAUAGAAAAGAUUCCAGGAUUGAAGCGUGUUUGGCUAUUAUUUUGAAAUCCAUGAAAGUAAUCAGAUUCAAUACUGACGUUGAAACUGGAUUGAUGUUCCCCUUGAUAAUGGCGGGGUCAGUUGCAUAUAAAACAGAAGAUCGUGAAUAUAUCCUAUCCAGGAUACAUAGUAUCAAGAACAGAUUGAAAUUCAGUUACUUAGGUGAGUUUGAAAAGAUGAUCACCAGUGUUUGGGAUAGAGAUAAUGAAGAAAACCAUCACGUGAACUGGGCCAAAAUAAGAUAUUAUCAAUAUCUGGGAUUAGUAAUGUUCUGA